AUUUUUACCUGUUUUCUCCGUCGCUAUCUCAGGCACUGUGUAAGUCGAAAUGCUUUGCGUUCUUCUUGUACGUUUUCGAGUCAAUGAAAUUAUAGUUUUCGGGUUUCAAAACCUCUCAGGAAUUUGCGGAGCAUGUAAACAACUCAUGUUUGUCGGCCAUCGUCUGCCAUAAUUUCAGUAUCACCACCUCCUCAUCAUACGAUCAAAAUGAAGCCAGGAGAUUCAUACGGAAACGUCGAGUACGAGAAUCUUGCUCAAUCUCAGAAUUCCUUGCCUGGUCCCAAACAACGCAGUCACUCCAGAAUCAUCCCCUUUGGCGCCGGAUGUGUGACUACACUCAUUUUCGCUGCCAUGCUACUUGCCAUCAAGCACGCAGUGUCUGCUCUGGGUUCACCAAUAUCCCCAGCCGAGAUUGAAGCUGAAGAGUGGAACUAUUGCGGCCGAUCUAGUUUGACGGCGAAGGCCCGCGGUUGCGUCAUGGAGCCGCUAUUCUAUGGGUGGAUGCCACCGCAGUGUGUAUUCCCCGAACUGACAUCUGCGCAUCCUGUUUUCGAAGACAGGAAAUUUUACAAAGAUCGCAACAUGACCAUGGAGUUGGCCCCGGAACAGUUGUGGGCUGGAGAAGAGAUUAUGGUGUAUACGCACCGUUAUCACGGAGAGCACUGUUUGUUCCAGUGGAGGAAGCUGCAGUACGCGAUGGAUCACCGCAUGGAGUUCCUAGAUAACAAGACUAUUAGUUUGCACCAUACGACACACUGUGCUGAUCAGUUGUCUGUGGGCUGCGAGGGGCCACAGGAUGUGAACUAGGUCGAGCUCGGGUUCUAUCGGUGUAGGAAGACGGCUUGGUAGUGAUCGUCUUUGGUGAAAUGCGGAAGGUACUCAAGAAGUUAACCUAAAAUACUGAUGUACACGUCUCCAGGGUAUUAUAACCUCC